AUGCACCAUCUUGAAGGUCCCUGGGCGGCGGCAGAUAGCACCAGGCGUCCGCCGUACAAUUCAGAGGCAUCGGACCUCUCGAGAGAUGAUCGGCGACCGCUUAUCCAUGUGCAGUCUACCGACUCAGCGGAGACCCGCACCGAGCCCUUAGAGUCCGAGCAACCCCAACGACCCAAGAGCUUCGUGACCGCCGAGCCCGGAGCCGCCCAUGUCACCGACGUUCCCCACGUAGCUUACAACAAGCUGUCCAACACGGACCGGGACUCGGCCGAAGCACCUCGUCACGGUGGAUGGGACUACACACCAGGAAGAGCAGACACAAAGUCCCAUCUAUCCCACAAAGAAUCCGGUCUCGUACUCUCUGCCCCUAAGCAGCCAUGGACUGCAUCGCUCAAGGGCUGGCUACCAGAGCUCAUAUGGUCAAUUAUAAGCAUCGCCUCCGUCGCCGCCCUCGCCGGGGUGUUAUCCCGCUUCGAUGGCCAUCGACUACCCGAGUGGCCGCUAGGCCUGACGCUCAACACGCUCAUCGCCUUCCUUGCGACGCUGGCGCGAGCUGCGUUUGUGAUUCCCGUGUCUGAGAGCUUGUCGCAGUUGAAGUGGCUUUGGUAUCGCAAGGAGAGGCCGUUGAAGGACUUUCAGGAUUUUGAUUCGGCUAGUAGAGGGCCUUGGGGGAGUAUCCAGCUGUUGAAGACGACUAAGGUACAACAAGAAAAUUACGUCCAACAAUCAAUCUUCGAAGGCCUAAGCUACGACCACACCCAAGAAUUUCCCCUCAGCCCAGCCCGCUGUCCCACGAGCGAAUGCCAGUGGGAGAACUACAGCUCGCUGAGUAUCUGCGCCAAGUUCUGGAACGUGACAGAAUCGUUGAACGUCACGACCAGGGAGACACCUACUGGGACACCGCGGAUGAAAGUUUCGCUUCCUAACGGGGUGUCUGCGGACUUGAGCGGUAAUUACUUCGGUCUCGUCAGUCUGCGAGGUACGAGUAAGCCGAUUGCAUCGGAUGUGAACCCUGAUGCAGCGCUCUUCAACUUUACGGUUAUCUACUCCUUGCGAGAAGGGAACGACGCCGCAGUCGGAGCUAUGGAAUCUGUGCUGUACCUCUGCGCAAAGACGUAUAACCUCUCCUUCACAGGUAACAUUGAAUCGCGCAAGGUCGUCGAGAUCACCUCAGACGUCGAACAGGGUUCCAUCACGUUCCCCUCCGGCCAGGUACGAGAUGACUUACCCGCGAUCCGAGACCCCCUCAACCCCGACGGUGAAAACUUCCCCUACGGCGGUACCGGGUUCGGUGCGAUGAAGGACAGUCUUAUCAAUGCGCUCAACGGGUCGUAUUCGGAUCUCAGUAACGUGCCGAGUGCACUCGGUCUUGCGCCGGCUCGGUACCUAGCUGCCAUGCAGUACGGCGCCAAGACGUUGGAGGCGCAGGGGCGGGCGAAUGUUUCGAGGGACGUUGUGAUUAAUGAGGCUGUUGCGAAUAUUACGAAUAAUGUUGCGAGGAGCUUGUCAAAUCGAGGGCAGGCGCUCGCAUCCGAGACAUUCGUACAAGUUCGCUGGCCUUGGCUUGCGUUCAUCUCCUGUCAGGCCGUGCUCUCCAUCAUGCUCCUGGCUCUCGCCAUCAUUCAGACGAAGACGGCGGGGAUCGGGGUGGUGAAGAGCUCUACCCUGCAGGCCAUGGUCGCUAUCAACUCCAAGGAUAAGCAGGCUCUUGAGAUUGGGCUUGCGCAGGGGCACCAUCAGGAAGAGGUGGACGAUGUCGUUAGGAGAGGGCCUGGGAUAGCUUGGAGUUUGGGUAUGAGUGAUCGGGGAUGGAGUCUUCGUAUAUAG